AGGGGAUGAUGGGGUUGGGCCUGCUUGCAUUACUAGGCGGGUAGAUAUGGUAUGAGUGAAUCCAUUUUUGGAUUUCACUGAAAAUUGGUGAAGCUACGCGGGACACGUGUUGUGGAAAACUUCGGCAUAAAAUAUCCCAGGCUCGCAGCUUCGCAUGCCAGUUCCACACACACACACACACAGCGUCACAAGAAGCAAAGCUAUGGAGAGGAUGGGGAUGGUAGAAAAGGUGGCUCUUCCUCUGCUCCUCCCAAACCCACCGCCACCGUCACAGUCACCGUCAUCGUCGCCGUCGCCGCCUUCUUCCAAACCCAAUUCUGUUGGAGUGAUGACCCCUGGCCCCAGCCCUACCCCUACCCCUAUUCCAACCUCAGCACCGCCAAUGACCACCCUUAUCCAUGACCUGAAUACCAGUUCUCGUUCCCGUCACCGCGUCGCUCUGGGGAAGUCCUUCGACCCCAACCGCGGCAAGCCAUGGUCUCCUCACGGCCUUUCUUCUUCAGGUCAGCAAAUUCUCCGCACCUUAAUUCGUUCCGAUUCCAAUUCCCUUUCCACUCACUUAGAUGAUAUUCUGCGUCCUCUUCUGGACCAACCAAAUCCCGCUUCCGAUAUAUUGGGGAUAAUCAAGGCCUUAGGCUUUAACAACAAAUGCGACCUUGCCUUCGCCGUCUUCCAAUGGGUUCGAACCACCAACCAUUCCGUUCCGCUUUUCAACACUUCUGCAAUCACCGUCAUCUUCAAAAUCCUCGGCAAAGCGGGGCGGGUCUCAUCCGCCGCCUCCCUGCUCCUCGCUCUCCAAAACGACGGCGUUCACAUUGACGUCUACGCCUACACCUGUUUGAUAAACGCGUAUUCCAGUAGUGGCAGGUACAGGGACGCCGUCAACCUCUUCAACAAGAUGCAGCAAGACGGCUGCAACCCCACUCUCAUCACCUACAACGUCGUUCUCAACGUCUACGGCAAAAUGGGCAUGCCUUGGUCUAACGUCACGGCCCUCGUUGACUCCAUGAAGUCUCGCGGGAUUUCCCCCGAUCUCUACACUUACAAUACGCUUAUUAGUUGCUGUCGCCGCGGUUCUCUCUACGAAGAAGCUGUUCACCUCUUCGAGCAGAUGAAGCUGGAGGGUUUCACCCCUGACAAGGUUACCUAUAAUGCCUUAUUGGAUGUUUUUGGCAAGUCCAGACGCCCCAAAGAGGCUAUGCAGGUCCUCAGAGAGAUGGAAGCCAAUGCCUUUUCUCCCACCAUUGUUACAUACAAUUCCCUCAUAUCUGCUUGUGCUAAAGGUGGUUUGUUGGAGGAGGCACUCCAGCUUAAAACCCAAAUGCUGGACAAAGGGAUUCAGCCUGACGUCUUUACCUACACCACCCUUUUGUCUGGAUUUGAGAAGGCCGGAAAAGACGAGCUUGCCAUCCAAGUUUUUGAAGAGAUGAGAUCCGUGGGAUGCAAGCCUAAUAUUUGUACCUUCAAUGCCCUUAUUAAGAUGCAUGGCAACCGAGGAAAGUUUGCCGAAAUGAUGAAAGUAUUUGAAGAGAUCAAGGUGUGCAAUUGCUCCCCUGAUAUUGUUACUUGGAACACCCUUCUGGCUGUGUUUGGACAAAAUGGAAUGCACUCCCAGGUGUCUGGCAUAUUUAAAGAAAUGAAGAGAGCUGGGUUUGUGCCCGAGAGGGAUACUUUCAACACUCUGAUUAGUGCCUACAGCAGGUGUGGUUCCUUUGACCAGGCAAUGGCCGUUUACAAGAGCAUGCUCGAAGCAGGAGUUGUGCCUGAUCUUUCUACCUACAAUGCUGUUUUAGCAGCAUUGGCCCGAGGAGGGCUCUGGGAACAAUCUGAGAAAGUCCUUGCUGAAAUGAAGGACGGACGGUGUAAACCUAAUGAGAUGUCAUAUUCUUCUUUGCUCCAUGCUUAUGCCAAUGGUAAGGAGAUUGAAAGGAUGAAUGCUUUUGCGGAGGAGAUAUACUCCGGCUCUAUUGAAACACAUCCCGUUCUUCUGAAGACCCUUGUUCUAGUAAACAGCAAGAGUGAUCUCCUGAUGGAUACAGAACGUGCCUUCUUGGAAUUAAGGAGAAGAGGAAUUUCGCUUGACAUUACUACUCUUAAUGCAAUGCUUUCUAUAUAUGGGAGGAAGCAGAUGGUGGCCAAAGCCAACGAGAUUUUGAACUUCAUGCAUGACAGGGGAUUUUCUCCGAGUUUGACUACAUAUAAUAGUUUAAUGUAUAUGUACAGCCGUUCUGAAAACUUUCAAAAAUCAGAAGAAAUCCUGAGGGAAGUUCUGGAGAAAGGUAUGAAACCUGAUAGAAUUUCAUACAAUACUGUUAUUUAUGCAUAUUGCAGAAAUGGUAGGAUGAAGGAGGCUUCGCGACUAUUUUCUGAAAUGAAAGACUCUACACUUGUUCCUGAUGUUGUAACUUACAACACAUUUAUUGCAACUUAUGCCGGUGACUCAAUGUUUGCUGAAGCUAUUGAUGUAGUUCGAUACAUGAUCAAGCAGGGAUGUAAACCAGACCAGAAUACUUAUAACUCCAUUGUUGAUUGGUAUUGUAAGCUCGACCGUCGGGAUGAGGCCAACAGUUUUGUUAAAGGCCUUCGUAAUCUUGACCCACAUGUUUCCAAGGAGGAGGAAAAUAGGUUACUUGAGAGAAUAGUAAAAAUGUGGCCAUAAGUUUUUUCAUGACUCUGCUAUACUGGAACUUAGAGUGGUUCUUGACCUCUUGUUUUAAGAUGCCCUUAGUCCCUUCUUCCUCCUUGGUUGAUAUGUUAUACAAUAUUGAGUAUGAGUUGGGAUUCACCGCGUGUAGAUCUAAACGACGGUGAUCCUUUAAUGGGGUUUAUCUGCAGGAAAAGGAAGCAGUAUGUCUCCGCAUCGAUGCUUGCAGGUGUGGUUGGUGUAGAAAGAUGGAAAUUUUAGGAAUAGUAAGAGAAGGAGGAGUGGUAGGGUUUUGAAUGUCAAUACCAUGUAGAAUUAACUAUAUAGCAAUGUCCAUCGAGAAAAAUAACUCGUGAAAGCAAUGCUUUUGGUAUAUAGGUUCACUUUGUAAACAUUAUUUCGUGUUUGAUUUGUAGUGGAGUGCGUUCUUGGCAAAAAAAAAAAGAAAGAAG